CUCUCUCGCACUCGGAGCUCCGCGUCUCCACUCGCACGUCCCUCCCCGCUCGCGGUGUCCAGCUGCCGGCUCUACCUGCUCCGCGGUCAGCCCUCUCGGGGAGCGGCGUCUCUCCUCUUCGCUCGGACUCUUAACUUGGCGGGCUGAAGUUGCUCGAUAAAGGAAUACCCCCGAGCCCGCUUGUGGAUAUUUUCGCCCCGCUUCUUUGGAAGAAUGGCAGUGCCGGGGAGAGGCUGGAUGUUGGUGGCGGGCUUCAUCCUCUCACUUCAAGGUGUUGGAGCUCAGAAAGUGCAGGUUGACUUGGAGCUGGAGGCGUUUCCUAAAGAACACGUGGAUCUUCGCUGCCAGUUCAUCGACGGAGGAGGAAAAACCAAACUCACGCAGGUGUCUUGGAUCUGGGAACCUGUUGAUGGGCAGAGAGACAACAUUGCUGUCUUUCACCCGGUCUACGGCCAGAGUUUCCCCAAUUUGUCCUUCAAGGAUCGAGUGAUUUUCCUCAACAACAGCCUCAACUUCCCGUCCAUCCGCAUCUCCAACCUCCGAAUGUCCGACGCUGGACGCUACACGUGCGAGUACGCCACAUAUCCCUCUGGCAAUGAGCAGGGGACGACGACACUCAUCAUGCUAGCUGAACCCAGGAACUCUGCCAACGCGCUGACCGUCCAGACGGGCACCAAGCCUGUGGUGGUGGCCCAGUGCGAGGCGGCCGACGGUAAACCAGCGGCGUCCAUCAAAUGGUUGGCCUCGGUCGGGGGAGAGCACUCCACCAGCACCACCAACGGCCCGGACGGCACCGUCACCGUUCGCAGCCAGUAUCGGCUGGUGCCCACGCCGUCGGACGACGGGCGAGAAAUCACCUGCAUGGUUGAGCAGCGGACGCAAGAUCGGCCGUGGGUUCGAGUCCUCAAGCUCUCAGUGGAAUAUCCCCCGUCUGCUGCCAUCGAAGGGUUCGACCACAACUGGUACGUCGGCCGCUCAGAUGCCGCGCUGGUCUGCCUCGUCAACGCCAACCCGCCGCCCACCACCAUCACGUGGACCUCCGCCUCGGGUCCCUUACCAGACACGGUGGUGGUGGACGGCAACAGGCUACUGGUGAGGAAAGUGGACGACGCGGUCAACACGACGUUUUUCUGCGAGGUGAAAAACAAGCACGGCACCGACAGGCAGCAGAUCACCACCUUCGUCAUCGAAGCUCCGGAGGCCCCGUCCAGUACAGGCGUGGUGGUCGGCGCAAUCGUGGGCUCCCUUCUGGCCCUGGUGUUGGUCGUGGCUCUGGUCGUGGUGCUUCUGACUCAGGCCCGACGGCAGCAGAGGCGUGGCUUCCCCGCAGGGGGCGACGGCAACGUGGCAGGGAGCGGCGGCAGCAAUGGGACAGAUUACAGCAACAAGGCCCGCCUACUGUUCGGCAGCGCCGGCAGCAAGAAGAAUGGGAACGGCGCCAACAACAAUGGGCCCAUGUACACCUACUGGGAGAGCAGCGAGAACAGCGGGACUCUGACUGAGAAGGGAAACGACUUCCAUCACCACCUUCACCACCCGGCGCCCGCCAACGCCCACGACAUCCUCCUGAGCGGGGAGGACGUGGAGCGGAGGAAGUUCGGUCUGGACGACAGCAUGGAGGACGAGGAACGGUACGAUCGCUUCGGCGGCGAAGCUGGAAACGCCGUGCCCUCGUCCUUCCACGUGCACAGAGGCGACGAAGAAGAAAUGUACCUGGAUGACGACAUGGAAUCCCAGCGGGAUGGAUCGGUGAUAUCGCGGACUGCUAUUUAUGUCUGAGCUUGGAAGCCCGGAGAGGAGAGGCGGGGCCUGACAAAACGGAAAGUAGAGCAAGGAAGAGAAAGUGCUUUUAACCAUUAUCGGCUUGAAUAUCCAAACUGAAAUGAUCCUUUCAGCCUGACACUGACUGUAUAAUGUAAGAAAAAGGAGAUUCUAAAGAAACUUGAAGCCGGAUAUAGAGGCCACGGCGGCUGAAUGUAAUCGUACAAUGGUUUUUGCGCUGGCCAAACACCUUGAGAAUAACUGUACAUAGCAACGAAAAUCGACGUGCAGUGCUUUCGAUUUCAGUUUUGCAAGUCCGUGGUUUUGUGCUAAUGUCGUUUGUGUUCGGUGGAUGUCAUCUGCAAAGAGCGCUGUCCAGUGUUGACGCCUUCCUCCAUCAAAACACGCUUUCUGAUGGACCUCAGAAUCGUGAGCUUGUUCUCGCUGCCAAUGACUCAGGUGGCUAACGUGGCACCCUACAACGCCGCCAUUUUUCUUUCUUUUUUUUUUUUUUUGAUAUAAUGCAAAGGAGGGACUCCAAACAGACGUGUGUGUGUGGCUGGCUGUUGUGUUCAUGAUGUGCAUCAGCUAUAUAUUUGGGCGCACGUAUAGCACAGUUGUUGUUAUGUUCUCCUUGAUGUCGUGUUGUUGUUGUGUAAUGGUAUUGAUCUCACUAAGGAAAACAGAUCCUCGGAGGUUUCGCACAGUUCCACACGGGGCGGGUUAAUGACUCAUGUGAUACGCUAAAUAAAAGAGGCGCUUUCUUUGUUGCCAGCGCGACUUUCUCCCCCAACACUCCAUUCUUCUUCUUUUCAGCUUUGCUUUCUUUUUAUUGCUCUUCUUUAGUCCCCGGGUCUCAUUUGCUUCAGAUCCAGAUGCAUCCUGUGUUCCUCCCGCAGUCCCACACACAUUACAUCUAUUUCGCAUUCUGCUCACUCGGUAUUUACAUAAUGGGCGGCUUAAGCGAGCGCCGCGAUGACUGUGAGCAGGGAGAAGAGGAUAACUCGCAUUUAUAUUUCCUAUCUGGGUCGCAUUCAAUGAGGCAAAAUUCUCACCGGCUCCCUUUCGGGCUGCUUGUGUGUCAUGUUUUUAUUUUGCCAGUGAAUGUUCCAUCGCUGUUUUCACCAGAUUAUUUGAGGUCAGAUUGAACUUUCCGUCGGAAUCAGUGUCGCGGAGGACGUCAACUCCGAGAUAAUGAGAACUUUUGCUGCUGAGGUGAACGCGCCUGCGCGCGACCUGCGCUACGUUAUGUGGCACCAACAAAGUGUGAGGCAUCUACGGUGACAAACAGUUGUGUUUUCCUGUUUUAUUUUCAUGAUAGUAAAAAAGUCAUUUCACUAAAAAUGACAUGUAAAAGUGUCAAACUCAAGGCUCGGGGCUAAAGCUAGCUCGCUGCCUCAUUCAGUAUGGUCCACUAGAACAUGAGGUGAGAAGGUCUUCACCUUUAACCGGAAUCGCUGGCCAGAUUUUUUUUUUUUAGAUUUUGAGAUUUCACGAUAUUAGUUUUAUAUAAUUUUAGGUGAUAAAAUUAGCAUUUACUCAGCCAAGGACUUUGAGUCCUGCCAUGGAAAGAUAACAGGGAAAUGGACUAAACUGAUGAUGCUUCUGCUGUUGUAGCCCCUCCACUGUCCCAAAGCGCUGAUAAAGUGGGGUACACACAUAAGGAUUUAGACAUGGACCCUGGACGACAGUCGGUGGCGCAACACCAACACUUUACACACAUCGAGUUUCUGUCCCAGCAUUGAUCUAAAAGCUCGUCCUCCAAGGCCAAAAUGUCGCGGUAUCACACGUGAUAUUUGUAAUAUACUGAACAACGUUAAGCAUGACAUGCAACACUGAAUUGGUCACGGUGGGGUGGUGUUCUUGGGUCUAUUAAGGACCAUUUAUGCAGAUCGGGAUACGGACGGAAACUUCGUAGCUUGAGGAUACGGGUCAAACGGAGCAGUACCGCCGGAAACCAUCGGGGGGCAGACGCUUUAGCUAUAAUGGAAUUUGUCGCUAAGUUAAUAGUGUGUUACGUUGAUGCUUCUCGACAUAUCGUGUCGGGCUAAUCACGAUUUGUCAACCUAUGAUGUUUAAAUCGGAGUCACGCUGUUACGUUAAGCGCAAAGGUUUUGAGUCGGUCCUCAGAGGGGCCACAGUGGGUGCAGAUUUUUGUUCCAACCAAACAAGCACAAGCAGUUGAACUGGUCAGGUGACUGUGACAGUGAGUGGUUGGGAGAAAAACCUGCGCCCACUGUGGCCCCUCGGAGGACCGGCUCAAGUGGCAACAGAGUGACCUGCGGGCACGAAGAAGCCUCCAUUAAAGUAAACACAAACACAGGUUUUGAAAUGAAAUGCUUUAACAUCAUAGGCAUCAUUUUGAAGCUGGCGAAUAUCAUGUGACCAACCUCUGAUUCCAAACACCUGGUUUAUCCACCAACUGUGCUUCAUCUGAAUUCAACACUCUGCAACUGGUUCCGUAUUUUAAUGUAAAACCAUCACGUCUGCCUUAUUGCUUUACUGCUGUCCCUCCACACUUGUUUUGAUGAUGUCUGUGAAAGUAUGGAGGCGAACGCCGAACCUCUUUGUUGGCUGGGAUUCGAACACACGUGUGACGGCAGAGAGACACUUGUGUUCAACUGUGUGCUGUGUCUUCUACAGUGGUUGUCAUUUGCAGUUGAGGUUCUGUGUGCAAACGUAAAUAAAGUCGCUUUUUUAUCACGUCUUCAUUCCUUUCCGGUCGUGUUUUAAAGACGCACAUGGAAGGCUCCGCUGACAAUCGGAGUUUCUUAUUGUUCUAGUUCGACAUUUUCAGAAUCCCAGGUCGGACAAACAGACGCUUCCGUGAGCCGAUUGGUUUUCUGGUGCGGCGAAAUCUAUUUGCAGCUCGUCUUCCUCGCGAGUCCGCAACGCUUCCCCCGUCGCUGAUUGUUUUUGGAACAUGAUAUACUUUCUGCAGAAACGACAUCUGCGCCGCCGAAGCAAAUUUCUCUGGAGAGGCCUCAUCAUUGGCGCUUUGUUUUUGCUGCUGUGCCAGAAAAACUAGACAAACAAAGUGAAGGGAGAUACGGGGCCAAAUGUGGGGAUUUAUCUCCCGCACACAAGUGGCUGGAAUGAAAGGAAGGGCAGCGCCAUGUGUUUUUGGAGGCUUACAACGGCCGCUUAAAUGAAGGAUGUUUAGUUUCACUAUGCACUAAAGCAGCGGCUCUCACAGUUGAUCAUGUGGCUCGACAAAAAAAGCUUUUAUUUUGAUAGUAAUGUGAUUAUUUUAUGGUGGGAAACGCAGUAAGUGAUGAGCUAAUGCUAAUUAAAAAGCCGUUAUUUUACCUUAGGAAGAGACCACCACAGCUGUUGGAACCGACUGUGGGGUUUUCAUUUAACAGCAGUGGAAAAUGCUUCAGGUAUAGAAAAUGGAAACUCAAUCUUACCAGUCUGAAGUGAGGAUCUACUUCAGGUUGAGGUGAUGAAAUCUCCUCAGAAGCCACAUGCUGCGCCGAAGACUGGAGAGCAGAAAGAAAAAGAUUCUUGAAAUUUUAUUACCAAAUAAUGCAGUACUUGUUUAUCAGAAGGACUGUUGUGGGACCAUCCCAUAAUAGGUGAAAUCCACAAAGUGGCAGCACCAUAAUGUAACCCCAGAUUUCCACGGAGAGUGGAGGCGGAGUCACAUGUAGCCUUCCAUUUUCAUGUCUUUAUCACAUGAGAAAGAGGAAAUGUAGCUUUUGAACCUCAGACAAGUCUUGUUUCCCUGAGUGUUGGCAGCCCUGGAAAAUCCUGUAAUACACAAAAGCCGCGGAAGGUGAAAGGUUUUGUAUACAUUUUAUUCCUAAUAAGGAUCAUAAACACUGGAAGGUCUUUUGAAGUGCCACAGAAAACAAUGUAAAUUAUGAUACUUGCAUGUUUCAGGCAUCUUAUUAUGUUUUUUUUUCCAUAUACAAUAUUUCAUUAUUUACAUUUUUAUGGGCUCCUGUUAAAAUGACAAUUCCCCAUGAAAGAAUCAAAUUUCAUUUAAGAUUUCAAUAUAGCGUUUCAUGGCCUCGGAGAAAAAAUCUACACAGAAAAAUACAUAAAUAUUCUCAUUUGUUAUUUUAUUGCGAGUGCCAUAUGUAUUUCAGCCGGUGGUGCGACAAUAUAUCUAGCGCUGUUUUCGCUCUGACCUCAUGAGGGCCACAGAAAUGAAGACACAUGUGGCCUCCAGGCCAUACUUGGCCCAGGUGUGGUCUACUUUUAUGAGACACCAAGCAGAAGAAAAGUGGAAGCAAGCGAGUGAAGUCAUGGAAGGAUGGAUGUCUUUGGGACGGCAACAUCAUUUCAGACUUGAAGCAUCAGAUAUGUCAUUCAAACCCUCGACUUGGCGCGAUCUUACCGCCUUCAUCAUUUGAACGAUAAGACACAAUAUCAAAUCUGACUUUUAAUUUGAUUUUCUUCGCCGUCGUCUCAUGACUACAGAAUGAGUCCUAGUCCUUCUUCACCAACGCAUUCAAUUCCACUCGCCACGUCUAAACUUCUGGCAGCGUUGUUGCGUGUCAUAAAUCGUGAUAGUCGGCUGGGAUCACAUCUUCGAAGAGUGGAGGCACUAGAGACGAGAAAACCCGUCGCAGGUCAAACCGCCUGAGAGAAAGAGGCGCCUCCGUCCAUGCAAGAGUCCAGACAAAACCCAGGUUGUUCGUUCUCUCCGCUCAGGUGUGGAACUCGGUUCGGAUUCUUCCUCCCAAAUUCUGCCCGUCAUCCUCGCUGGUUGUCAGGAUUCAGUAAUGACUCCAGGGUUUUGAGGGUUUGAAUCCUACUAAGUGAAACCGUGUCGAGCUCUUACUCUGUUGCCCUGUAGCCCCAAACUACUUCCUCUGUUGAAGUUAUGUUGAGUUUGUUACAUGAGUAAACGUGCCUCUGUUUUCCGUCUCUUUUACCAAGGCAGAGUAACAUUAGCUUAGCAUUAUAUUGAUAUCGCAAAAUGAUAAGGUGAGGAUCUCAGUCGCCUGGCUGAGACUCAGAUCCAGAGAAGCCAGUUGAGGUGGGACGCCUCCGAGGCUCCUCCCUGGUGAGGCAUGUCUAAACGGGAGGAGGCACCUGUGCAGUCCAUCCCAGAAGAGGUGGAGGUUCUGGGGCCACGGUAGUUGUGAGACCUUGGCAGUGGCAGUGGAUGUUAAUGGUCAGGCAUGAGUAAUCGAUUUUCGGAGAGGACGCAACAGGUCACGUGGCCCAAGUUUCCUAAAAGCAACCUCUUUGUUAUGGCUGCUGCAUCUGUGACCUGAGCUUGGAUAAACAAUGGAAGACGGAUGGUUGCAUUGAAAUAGCGUGUCAAACAUGGCUACAAUGCUAACUGCAGUCAGAGCGCUGUGGGUUCAGUCUCCCAUUCUUGUUGUCCUCCACUACUUCACCCAUGUCCAAGUCUUCUUCAGACUCUUUCUGAUGUGGGUCUUGGUCACUCAAUCAAUCCCCUGGUGGAGCAUGGUGGCUGGUUCCAGGAAGCUCUACUGUGAGUCACCCACCUCACAUAGUUGUGGCAGCGUGAUAUGAAGGAUGUUUUGGUACAAACCCAAAGUUUCUCCUCAUCAUUCAAGGGCUGAGCAAACGGGUCCUUAUGAGAAGGACAAGAAACUAGCAGACAAAGAGAUGACUCCAGAACGGUACGGGCUCUUCUAACUGACCUGAGUUCCAUAUUUGUUUUUCACUGGACCUGUGACCUAUACGAAGGUGUGACUUCUGUCACAAAUUUCACGUGUUCUUAAAUGCUGUCUCACGCUGACCAGCAUGUCCAAGGACGUGAUGCACUCGUGAUGCACUUGAUUCUGCCUCAGCACUGAUCGAGGAGGUUGUUCUCCAAGCCCUAAGUCUUGCAUCAGGAAAACACAUUUUUUGUUGUUUUUGAAUGGGGAAAAAUCCAGAGAGAAACAUCAUGAAAACUAUAUUACAGAAACGUUACCAUUGCUCAGAGAAUUAAAGUUCCUGUGUACAGCCCGGAUACCUGACACUUUGUGUCUACGUUCCGCUCCAUGUCACAGUUCAAGUCAGGAGCGAUUCAAGGUGUUACCACUUCAUGCAACAGAUGUGAAUGUUCAUGAAGCAUUUUUGACUGGAGCGACUUCAGCAUCAGAGUGACUCAUAGUCGGAAAAAUGCGGUGAAUCAGGGAGUACAUUAAUACUCAGCCUGAACCAGAAGCAGCUAAAGCUGGAAGAGGCUGAGGCAGUCCCAGAACCAAAUCUCCCGACGUCCUGCCCAGUGAGUUGAAAAUGGGGUCACGCCAGUUCCAGGAACUGUGGUCUAGACCACAGUUGGCGCCGAGAACAGAGCCUCUGCCAGGUCCUCUCCGUGUGGAGCGCUGUGCUCAUGCUAAUCUCAACCAGCAAAAGAUACAGGUCACUUUGCUUUUUUAAGUCAGAAGACAAGCCGCUAGUCGCUUGAAAAUCCAUCCUGGGAAUAGAGAACGGCCCAAGAGAGGAGGACGGGAAGAGUUUUUAGAUCAGAGAAGAAACACAGGACGCUGCUGAACCCUUCAGGGAGGCAGGAAUACAAAACAAAAAAUUUCUAUAUUUUACUUUUUUGCAAACCACCUGAGAGACACUUUCAAACACUUGAAGCUGAAGUUGGAGCCGUUACUUGAGGGGCCUUUAGGAGCCCGUCUUGUGAAAAGGAAUAGAGAAUGGCAUGAUGGGAUUUACAAAGGUGGUAAAGCGUCCUCGGAGGUAUGGGGCCGAGCCGGUGAUGGUCCCUCGCAGAGGAUGACAGCUGACAGUCCCAUCCAACCGGGCCAAUUAGCGGGUGAAGACAGUCCCGCUUAGCCACCCUCAGCAAACCCAGUCGCUGACAGAUCUUUUUAAUUGUAUGGAAGUGUCGAGCCGCACUCUGGGGACCGAAGCGCCGCAAUUGUGUAUCACCCUUUUUCAUGUUCCCUCUCUGUUUUUGUUUCACUUUCAGCACAAGCUGUUCUCUGGAUCUUUAAUUCAGCAGAAGGCAUGAAAGUCCUCUGCAUUA